CCGGCGCAUCGUUCGACUCGUCGGUACUUAUGUGUUCAAGAGGGAAUUUGCGAUCUUGAUCUAUCCGGCAACCUGAUACAACCUGGACAAAUUCUUGGAUGAGAUGCAAGAGCCUCCGAUGUGGUCUGUACACUCCAGGACCAUCACACUGUAUGAUCAGUUCAUACAUAGUAAGAACGUGAAGCACAUGGGCAUCAAGCCAGCAAAUUUGCAUGUUCGCCGGACCGGACCAGACUUUCGUAUAUACGUCGCGGACUUUGGAAUCGCCCGCGCGUACAAGUCAGCCGCAGAGUCCGACACUGAUCCGCCCACUUCAUUUACACGAUUUCAGGCCGCCCCAGCAGUUGCGAUGCAGAAUACACGCGGAUAUACUGCUGACAUCUUCUCUCUUGGAUGCGUCUGCAUGGAGAUCAUAGCGACGUUGAACACCACUCUAACGAAGAACGAACGGGUGCGUCUAGCCAACAUUCGUAAUCUGGGAACGGAUAAUUCAUACGACUGCAACCUGAGUGGAAUCUCAAAUGGUAUGGUGAGAUACACACGGUAGAUCCGGAGGACUUUCGUUUGGUUCGACAUCCACCAUCGAGCAGUUCAUGGUUGUCCUUGACAUGGUGAAGAGGACUCCUAGUCAGCGUCCAUCGGCCCAGAAACUGGCAAGAGCCACCCGAAUUUUACGUUGCCUGAGCUGUAACAGUGGCUCUGAGCCAUUCGAGGCGGGUUGAGCGCUACCCUUCGAAGCUCAAGUUGAAGGUGUGGAGGGCUGGAAUUCGAGACAUCAGCGUUAGAUAAUUGUUCGUAUCGCUCGCUAUAUUGAUGGGCAAUGUCUUCCUCUCUGGAGCUUUCUCAAUUCCCC